CAGGCCCAAACAAACGCAGGUGCAGCCCUCCGUUCCUCGUUCCCGUACUCGGAGACGCCUCUUAUACACGGGCAAACUCGCCUCCUCCCUCCCCACAGAGACGCACGCACGCCUCAACCCAAACAAAAGCCAAGAAGAAAGAAUCCAGCCGGCCGUGUCGCGCCGGGCCAAGCACACCUCGCCCUCCCCCAACACCCCAAGCAACCGCGCCGCCGCCAUGCAGCAGCCGCCGUGCCGCAGCGCGUCCCCGGCCGCGUCGUCGCUCUGACUGACGUGCGUCGCCGCCCGUCGUCGUCGUCGUCGUCGGUCGUCUCCUGUUGAAGUCGAAGAAGCAGCACGUCGUCCGGACUCCGGAGCAGAUCGAUCGAUGGGGGUUCACCUGCUGAAGAAGCAGCACUCGUCGGCGUCGCUGGGGGGCUCGAGCGGCGGGGGUUCGUCGUCGCCGCCGAUGCCGCCCAAGGGGUGCAUGGCGGUGCGCGUGGUGGGGCCCGGCGGCGGCGGCGGCGAGGGCGGGGAGGAGGAGGAGAGGUUCGUGGUGCCGGUGGGGUACCUGAAGCACCCGCUGUUCGUGGCGCUCCUCAAGGCGGCGGAGGAGGAGUACGGCUUCGAGCAGAAGGGCGCCAUCACCAUCCCCUGCGGCGUCGACCACUUCCGCCGCGUCCAGGGCAUCAUCCACCACCAGAAGCACCACGUCUCCGGCGGCGGACACCAUGGCCACCACAACAACAACCACCACCACUUCCACAUCGCGGGGUGCUUCCGCGCCUGAUCGAUGCGGGAAAGGGAGAUCCGUGCAUGGCCAUGGAUGGAUGGAUCUUGCAGCCGUGCCAGACUGCCAGCUCCAGCCUGCAGGUGGUUCUCGUCCAUCUCGAGCGGAUGGAUCGAAGAACAAUAAUAGCACCUAUUUUAUUUAGGGUUUUUAAUUUUCUUGAUUAUUAGGACUUAGAGAUGCAGGCCGCGGAUGAUCGAAGGAUCAUGGUUGGUUGCUUGAGCUAGCGUAAUCGUGGAUCUGCAGGUUUGGACAUAUGGAUCGAUGGGUCGUCGUUAGAGUUUUUCUCUAGGUUUCUGAUGAUGAUGAUGAAAAGGAAAUCAAAGAAUCGUGCAGGUUUCAGUGCUUGGACUUUAUGCUAUCUUCCUUUCCCUUUCCUCUCGUUCUUUCUCUUUUGUGAAUGCUAUCUACUACCAGUUGUUGGCA